AUUGAACAAUGUUUUAUGCUUUUAUCUAUAAAAGUGGCCACAGAGCAAUUGGUUUAGAAUUAUCGCCCGAUCUUUCCGUUUGUAACGUGGCUGAAUUAACCGCUUGGACAGAAAAAAAAAAUUUUUUAGUGUGAGAUUUUGUAGUCGAGAACGAGGCCAAUUUGUUCAAUGAUCGAUCAUUUCAUUUCGGAGAGCAAUGAACAAAAACCUUAACAGUUUGUAUAUACGUGUGUGUGUGUGUGCGCGCUCUAUCACACAGUGCUUACUAAUGCGUGUUUGGUAGGUUGCCAUGCCUCCGUGUCCCCGCUAGGUUACAGAACGGGGAUAGAAAGGGGACCACCGACCGUGCUGGCCCAUCAGAGUGCAGAUCAACUCUGAUUGGACGGCUGCUUCUUGCCACUCCCUACUUCGGCUUGUUGUCAGGGUGCUUGGACGGUAUUCAUCACUGGAGGUGGAGCGGUAUAUGCAGCUCCAUUGCUAUAACCGCUGGCGAGUUGAACAGAUGACAGCGAGGAAGCGAAGGGCAUUAUCUGUGUCGGACGGCUGGACACGGUAUGAUCGAGUUAAUUAUAUUUUAAACCACGUAAUAAAUACCUUAGUGCUAUUUUGUUAAGGUGACACAGAAUUCGAGGCCCGUUUUUAGUAUGUUUCGGCGAGAGCAGGGGAUUGUGCACCAGCUGAUUGCACUCCCCCUCCUCCUCGCGUUAAUGCUGUUUUAAGUGCUGCCUAUGGAACAAGUAUGUGUAAACACAAAUCUGGCGGCAUGAGUCGCCCAUCAGCUACUGCCAACCAAACAGAAAAUAUUGCAUCAAAUAAUAAUGUUGCAGCAUGUGAUAAUGACCAGCUUGAUGAUGAAACAUCUUCCACAUCCAACAACCAACAAGAAAGCACUCCUUUACAUCCUCUACAAUUGAUACCAUCAUCUCUGCAAGAAUCAUCAGAAACAAGACUUCUUCUGUUAGAUAUUUCACCAAAUAUGGGAGUUCAGAGUGCAGAGAAUUCUGUUGGAAGAGAUUUAUGUGGUGUUCAACAAAUGACACUUAAUUCUGCAUCAUCUAUGAAGCCCAAUAAUUCAUCAACAUUUAAAUGGAAUGCAAUAAGAAGAGAGAAUGAAUCUGAUGAAGAUCACAUUUCUGAAAAGUCACCCAUGCUUGGAAAUGAUUGGAAUUCUCCAUUAUUAGAAAAGUCUUGUGAUCUUCCUGCUGUUUGUAUUUGUGAUGGUACAUCAAACAGUUACAUUGACUUUGGUCAUUCGUGCAGUAAUUAUCCUUAUCCUUCUUGUUCUGGUCAGAAUGAUAAAUACAAAAUGGAAUUUACUCCAUAUAGCCAAUAUAAUAUUCCAAAUUCAUUGCUACCUAGGUCUUUCCGUAAUUUGAAGGGAGGUGGUUGUGCAGUAGUUGAAAGGGAUUUCAUUGAACUAACUGAAGAAAAUCCAGAAGAAAUUGAAUUAUCAUCUAUUCAUGGUUGUGACUGCAGCACAAGAUCAGAAAAGAAAUGGCUUUUCUCUAGGCAUAAGUGCCAUAGUCUGGAUAGUAGUACAAAGCCCACAAAAGUGAGAAUCUCAAAUUCAGGCUUGAAUAAAAGUAGAUCUUUAGCUCAAAAUAUUAGUGUUAGACCAAUGGAAAAUAUUGAAGAAUCAUCAUUAGAAAAAUCAACAAAUGAUAAUUAUUCUUUUCCAGCAGAAAAUUUUGCAAAUGAUUCUUCUGUAGCUGGACCAUCUCAAAUCCAGAGACCUAGCAGUAUUCAUGGAGUAAGUGAAAAUGCUAAAGAAUACGAAGAAGAAGAAUUCAGGAGUCGUAGUUUCAGUCUAACACCAACAAUUAGUUUUGCUAUUUUUGAGAGUGAAUCAUCAAGUGAUACAGAAGAAAGUAUUGAACAGGAAUCAGUCCAAGCUACUUCUGAUAAUUAUAACAGUGUCAUGCCAGGAGAAAAGUCAUGUAUGCCUCCACCUAUUGGUUUAUCACUUCCCAUAGUUAACAGAACACUUCCUGGAUGUCCUUCUGCAGCUCAGCUAAGUUUAGCUAGUAGUUUAGGAGAUGGACCUAUAUGCAAGAUUUGUCAUAUGUCUGCUAAAGAUGGUGACCAGUUAAUUUCUCCAUGCCGUUGCGCAGGGACCAUGCAAUAUAUACAUUGUGGAUGUCUUAUGAGAUGGCUUGAGAUAUCUAGCAAAAAAUCUCGAAAACCACCGAGUUGUGAACUUUGUCAAUAUCAGUAUCAAUGGCAUAAAAAGUUUAAGGUGCGUCAUUGGCAGUUUCCGCACUGUUCCAGAAGGGACAAGAUAUUGCAUCUAUUAUUUUUUAUCUCAGUGAUAGUAAUGGUGACAUGUGCAACUAUUACUAUUAUGUGUUUCAAGCAAGAUAAGGGCACUCGAGUGGAUCCCGAUCGUACGGAGCUAACACAGUCGGAGAUUGUCACCCUCGUCUGUGGCGUGCUCUUCUUUCUGGCAUUUUUUGUAGCCAUGUACGUUGAAGUGAAAGCACGCAACACUAUCUACAAAUUGUUAGCAAAAUUCAUCUACUUGAAUCAGCAAUGGUACAUCGAUGAAUAUGAUAAAAAGGAUAGUGCUCCUGUGGCAGUAUAGGUUUUCAAGUAGCAAUUCUCUUAUCAUGCAACAUAACCUCAGGAACUUUCAUAUGCCUUUGGCAUUCUUUAUGAAGUUAACUUUAGUCAUAAUGGCAUUUUGUUCUGUUACAAUUACACUUGUCGGUCCGAGCGUCCGACGAGUCACACGUCAAAAUGCAAGGUUAUUUUGCAGAUCGAAUUUCUGAGUACAAAAUAUUUCAAUCACUGCCGAAAUUGGCAUUUUGUUGUUUUUACAACUCUUAAGCUGAUAAUUUGUCUCUGUUUUUAGAGACGAUGUUGUUUUGAGAGUAAUGUGUUGCAGACUACAGGCAAGAUUAUGUUUAUAAAUAAGAAAUAAUGAAAAUAAAUAAUUUGUUCCUGCCAAUGCAUUAUGAGAAGUAAUGGAGAAACUAUGCUCAGGAUUAUAGCAGAUUACCGACAAAUCAUCCAUGCCUUAUUGCCUCAAACAUUGAUAUCAUCAUUACAUAGAUGUAUAUUAUCAUGGACAAAAAUGGUAAUGCUUCCAAUUUGUCAUUUUCACUAAUUAGAUCCUUCAUCAUGUUUUUUGUAAAUUACAUGUUUUAUUUCUAAAGUGAUGUCUUCAAUUGACUUUUAUGUAUUGUGUGUGUGCAUUUAUGGUGAAAAAUGUAAUUAAGCAAAGCUUAAUGAGAUUCUCCAAAUAGGUCAAGGUUUCUCUAUAGAAAUUUUGCUAUAAUCUUUUCCUAAUUCUGUGAUAGUUUUGUAGUCUUAAGAUUUUUCACUAGAAAAUUUUGCUAUUAUCCUUUUCUCAUAUUUGUUUAAAAAAAUAAAAUCAUUUUGCAGCUGUUCAUUUUUCCAAUAGCUUGACAAUCAGUCUUAUGUAGAAAGUAAAUUGUCAAAUAAAAAAUGUUGAUAAUUUUGUGGUUCUUUGUAAAUCAAGUUCAGAUCAAUGUUAAUUUAACCAACACUCGAGAUGAUUUAUUUGAUACUUGAAUAGGAGGAAAAAGAUUUUAUAUUUAACAACUUGUCUGAUAACAUGUAUUUGCUAUGUAUAAAGAUCUUAUUUGUAAAUAAGAAAAGAAUUAAUCUCUCAAAUUAAAAAGCUAUCUGCCAUAA